UCAGCUGUCAAAUUAAAUUGACGCGCGAAAUAAGCAAAACAAAACAGAAAUGUCACAGUCGGGGUGUCCUCUUGGUGACAGAAUCCUAGUAGGUUACAUUUUACCCGAAAAGAAGGUUAAAAACUCCGACUCUGAUUGGGAAGAUGAUGAUGAUGAUGAGGAGGAGGAAGAAGAAGCACAGCCGGAGUUUCUGGAUAUGAAAGAGAUGGACAGCGUUAGUUCAGGAGGACACGUGUUUAAUUCCUCCGUACCGGGCCGAAACGAAGUUGAUUUCCUGGACAGCGUGUCUGGUAAGAGAUGCAGAGUACUGGGCCGGUUCAGUCUGAAGGACCCGUGGUGGGAGGCUACCUGCACGGCCCGCGCAGCCAGGGGCAAGCUGGUGCUACGGGGCUACCCUGCCUACCGCCUUCGCUCAGACCUCCAGGGAGACCCGGACCACUCUGUCCUGUCUCUGUUCCUCACCGCCUGCGGCGUGGACGCACAGUUCGUCGUCUCCUUCUUUGCUUGGCUGCCGAUGGGAAGGAAGGUGGAGUUUGCUAACUUGCAGGAAGUUCUGGCUGAGUUUGAGGAAGGAGAGCAGCACAGAGCUUUGGCACAGCAGAUUAAAGCCUUGGUCUCUGUUUCAGGGAUGCGCGUGACUGCUGCCUCUCUGUACCCCCAUGUGAUGAGAUACCUGCCUACCCUACUGCCAGGGCGCUUCACAGAGCUCCUGAGUCGGGGAAAGAAAAGCCCAAAACAUCCUGCGGCACAGGGUGCUACACAGAUAGAGGAGGAAGAGGAGGAUCUCAGCUUGCUGGCCAAAAUAGAGGAGAUGAUCAAGACGGACGUCUGGAAGCUGGGCUUUAACUAUGUAAAGCGUAACCUCCUGGCUGGUUGUGGACUGUGAUUGGUUAACAUACUCUGUCAACAGUUUCUGUAGUCUUCGAUCGGACCAAUCCAGCAGUGAACUAUCACAUAGCAUCCCUCCUGUCACGUAGCAUCCC